UCUCUGUUUCCUAACUCAUCUCUGUUUCACUUCACCUUAAAUGUUGUUAAAUGCCGUUUCUCAACGUCGGUAAAGCUGGAAUAAAACGGCGUCUAUGCAGUUUACACAACGACGCAUUCGUCGUAAUUCAACGACACAUUUAACCCGCUUAACAUCAGUAGUUAUAAAACUGGUGUAAAAUAGAAUGUGUAAAUGUAGUAAAUGUCCGUAAAAUAGUAAUAAAAUAUUACAGAAAAGUGUGAGUUUUGGGUCCGACAUAAACAACUGUAAACUACCUCGGUAGAAGGUAAACACAGGUAAACAUGACUACUUCCAAAAAGGAAAAUGUUUUGAAACGAAAACUAGUCGACCAUGGAAGCGAUUCCGAAGAUGAAAAUAGUAAGAAUGAUAAAGAACCAAAGCAAAGGAUGGAGGCUCCGCGAUUGUGUCCAUAUUUAGAUACAAUAAAUCGACAAUUUUUAGACUUUGAUUUUGAAAAACUUUGUUCUGUAUCUUUAUCCCGAAUCAAUGUCUAUGCCUGCCUAGUUUGUGGUAAAUAUUUCCAAGGAAGAGGAACAAAUACACAUGCAUAUACACAUAGUGUAGCGGAAAGCCAUCAUGUUUUUUUAAAUCUUCACACUUUAAAGUUUUACUGCCUACCAGACAACUAUGAGAUUGUGGAUUCGUCCCUGGAUGACAUCAAAUACGUUUUAAAUCCAACAUUUGACAAAGCACAAAUUGCACAAUUAGAUAAAAGUGAUAAAUUGUCCAGAGCAAUCGAUGGAUCUAUGUAUUCUCCUGGGAUUGUAGGCAUGAAUAACAUCAAAGCUAAUGAUUAUUGUAACGUUGUCUUGCAAGGUUUGUCCCAUGUUACCCCACUGAGAGAUUUCUUUUUACGUGAAUCAAAUUACUUACACGUAAAGAGACCACCAGGUGAUUCAUCGUAUCUCUUAGUACAAAGAUUCGGGGAAUUAAUGAGGAAAUUGUGGAAUCCUCGAAAUUUCAAAGCACAUGUCAGUCCUCACGAAAUGCUACAAGCGGUUGUCUUGUGGAGUAAAAAAAGAUUUCAAUUUACGGAGCAAGGAGAUCCUGUGGACUUUUUAUCAUGGUUUUUAAAUGCCCUUCACUUGGCACUAAAUGGCACAAAGAAACGUGAUUCUAGUAUUAUUUAUAAGACAUUUCUGGGACAUAUGCGAAUUUACACUCGCAAAAUCCCACCUCUUGAAUUAGAAGAGAGUCAAAGAAGCGAAUUGCUUAACACUGUUGAAUAUGGAGAAACGGUAACGGAGAGCCCAUUUCUCUACCUAACAUGUGAUCUUCCACCUCCACCAUUGUUUAAGGACCAGUUUACUGAAAACAUUAUUCCACAAGUGAAUUUGUAUACAUUACUAAAUAAAUUUAAUGCAGUGACAGAGAAAGAAUACAAAACGUACAAAGAAAAUUUUAUGAAAAGAUUUGAAAUAACCGAGUUACCACCCUAUCUUAUUCUGUACAUAAAGCGGUUCACAAGAAAUACAUUUUUCGUGGAGAAAAAUCCCACCAUUGUCAAUUUCCCAGUCAAGAAUGUGGACUUUGGCGAUAUUUUAACGCCUGAAGUAAAAGCACGUCAUACUUAUACAACUUACGAUUUGGUAGCAAAUAUCGUUCAUGAUGGGGAACCUGGUCAGGGUACUUACAGAGUACAUAUAUUGCAUCGGGCAACCGGUCAAUGGUACGAAUUACAGGACCUUCACGUAACUCAGAUCUUACCGCAAAUGAUAACACUAACAGAAGCUUACAUCCAGAUUUACGAAUUACGCAAAGAAGUUAAUACAGAAAAUGGUGACAGUCAAAUAAAACGAAAUACAUGAUAUAGAGAAACCAGUUACGUACUUCUGUAUUGAAACAGCUGUUGCACCAAAAAAACUGCCAGCUUGUCGAAGAAUGGGAAUAAAGAAGCAAAAUAUGAAAUCAGCAUUUGUAAGAAGGCGUUUCAAGCCAUUAGCUCUGGGGUAAGUGAAAUAAGAAAUAAAAAAGAUUAUAAAGCUCUUUCAGCAUCUCGGCGAUCGUCGAGAUUAAUGCCUUGAGUAAAAAGUUUUGACGUGAAAAAAUGCAGCUGGUUAUAUUUUUCUAUCGAAGAUACGUUAAAGUUGUGGUCUGGAGCAUUUAUAUCGACUAACAUGCAAGAAGGCAACUGUCAAGAAUGGAAAG